GCUGUUUUUUAUGGUUAAACUUGUUGGCAGGUACGCUAUAUAUGGUGUAAUUUCUCACCUUCGCAGGUAAAACAAGUAGGGGCCUAGAGGAUGAAGAAAUAUGGCCUGCAGCUUCGGUUUCCUCCUGAUCAGCAGAAGAAGAUGACAUCGAAGCCACCCGUUCGACUUCCAGCUUCCAUUUUUGGUGGUGAUGAUGAUGAUGACGAUCUCACAAAGGGGAUCUCUCGCCAAGCGCCCAAGAGCAGGGCCCUUCAAAUGAUAGAUGAACAGCAAAAAAAGACUCUGGAGGAGGACCCAAUGGCUUUUGAUUAUGAUGGGGUGUAUGAUGAGAUGAAAUCCAGUGCUGCUUGUGUUCGGGUUCAGGACCAGUCCAAGAGGGAGCCAAAAUAUAUAACCUCAAUCAUUGAAACUGUGAAAAAGCGUGAGCGAGAACACGAAAUAAUAUAUGAGAGGAAAUUAUUGAAAGAGAGAAGUAAAGAUGAUCAUAUCUAUGAAGACAAGGAAAAGUUUGUUACGAGCGCAUACAAACAGAAGCUUGGUGAACGUACAAAGUGGUUGGAAGAGGAAAGAUUGCGCGGACUCCGUGAGGAGAAAGAGGAUGUUACAAAGAAGAGUGAUCUGACUGACUUCUACUUUAGCCUCAACAAGAACGUUGCUUUUGGAGCCCAAUCAGCACAUGCUUCAAAACCAACCAAAGGGCAAACAAUAAGCAUUGCUGUUGAAAAAACUGAAGGCAGCCCAUCAAAUGCUGAAACAUCCAUCCGUCCUAAAAAGGCUUCUGGCUUUUCUGAAGACUUUGCUGGUCCUGCGUCCUCAUCUGAUCCAGUUUUUAAGGUUCCAAAAGACGAAAUCAAAGUAGCUGCAACAACAUCAGAUGUUGAUAGGAAACAGAUUCCUUCGGAUCAAAAUAAUAUCAAAGAAUUAUUCAAUGAAGACUCCGAAGAUACGAAAGCAGAUAAGGCAACGGGAAGUAAAAUUGAUUCUGAUCGAUUCAAGAGAAGUGAGGAUGCAGUUGUUGCCGCCAGAGAGCGUUUCAUGGCACGAAAGAAAGCAAGAGAACAAAUGUGAGUUUACAAACUUAUAAUCCUGUUCAUUAUUUACUGAGUUUGUUUAAUACAUGCUAUUUUGAGAAACAGUAUCGUUUAACCAUCUUUUCCAAAUAAUAAAUUUGAGGGAACUUUGGAUU